AGUCUACAGAACAGCGUGUGGCUGAUGUCCCUGCUCCUCCGUGUCAAUAACAUUCACAUUUGACUUCAUUAGCUAAAUUACAAGGAACCAGCAUGUUCAACCAGGGAGGAUAUAAUGAGUCGAGUACGGUUGGAGGCUACACUCAGUCUCCAGGAGGCUUUGCAUCUCCUGCCCUAUCCCAGGGAGGGGAGAAGAAAGGGAGAACACGUGCCACUCAGAUAAUCCCCUGCACUGUGUCUCAGCUGAUGUCUGCCUCCCAGUUUGAUGAGGCCUUCAAAGUAGGAGAUGUGGAAGUAUCCCAGGUUACCAUUGUCGGCAUCAUCAGGAGCAUCGAAAAAUCCAUGACUAACAUCCAGUACAAGGUCGACGACAUGACCAGUGCGCCGAUGGAUGUGAAGCAGUGGGUAGACACUGAGGAUCCCGGUGUGGACAGCUCUGUGCUGCCUCCAGGCACAUAUGUCAAAAUCUCUGGAAAUAUGCGCUCCUUUCAGAACCACAGAUCUGUUGUGGCAUUUGGCGUCAGGCCCCUGGAGGACAUGAAUGAAAUAACCUCGCAUAUGCUGGAGGUUGUUCAAGCGCACAUGGCGCUCGGCAAACCUCAAACCAUGUUGAGUGCUGGAGGAGGAAUGAGCAUUGACGUUACGCCUAAUUCACGACCGGCCGGGGAAAGCACUGGAGGGAGCUAUGCAGGUGCUAACAUCAUGGCGAACAAUGGGUUAAGCGCUAACCAAAAUCAGGUACUGAGUUUGAUAAGAGGCUGCCCAGACCAAAAGGGCAUCAACAUUCACCAACUGAAGGAUAGACUAGGUGUCAUGAGUAUGUAUAUCAUAAAGCAAGCAGUGGAAUUCCUAAGCAACGAAGGUCACAUCUUUUCCACCAUCGACGAAGAUCACUACAAAUCAACAGACAACGACGAUUAGUCAUCUUCAUGUUUUGGCACCCGUUAUUUGAGUUUAAUCUGAUACCAGACGAUAGGUUUUAGAACUCAAAUCUGUCAACUAAAUCACAACCUUUCUGUCCUGAGUGACAUCCCGAGAAUCUUUCUCCGUUGAUGUUCUGUGGUUGAUGUUCGUUGAAGAACACAUGGUUUAGGUUCGCCGUGGUCUUUUCGUCUCCACAUUCUGUCGUCCUCAGGUGGCUUCUGAUAUUUUGCAAGUCCCAAAGGAUGCUGUUGAAGAAGUUGUUUAUAGCAGUUAAUACUGUUCAGUUUUUCCCCACCUCCAUUGUAAAGCUUUUUGUAAUUUUAAAACUUUGAAACAUCAGUACUCAAUAUAUUUUUGUCUAUGUAACUUUACUUUUGUCAAAAUUAAAAGAUUAUAGAAAAUGCA